GCUUUCAAAAUGGCACUGCGGCGCGAGAGUAACGGUCAGUGAUCUCUCCGCGGUUUGAAUGUGAGAGGCGCGAGCGGGGCCGGCGGCUGAGGGGGCGGAGGGCGGCGGGCGGCUGAGGGGAGCGCGAAGCGCUGAGGGGAUGAAGGGGGGGCUCUGGAAUGCCCUGUGUGGCCGCUCCCGCCCUGCACUGCCCGGUCCGUCCGUGGAACCGAUCGCGUGGCCGCGUGGGCUGCUGUGAAUCCAAAACUUCCUGACCAGUUUCCCUGAGCUUUUAAAUCUGAGAAACUGAGUGCGAAAGGGAGCUGUCGUUACAGGAGAACAAAGAAUGACUCAGUGGUUCUUCAGGCUUAAAACACGUUGUGGUCAAAGGUGAUAGAUGCUGUGCUGGAAGCUGAAAGCAAUGAGAGCAGAAAUCCUGCAGUGAAGGAAGAGAUCCCCAUCAGAAGAGUGGAGAGUUUGCAAAGUGACUGAGCCCAAAGCCAAAAUGGCAUCUGAGAAAGAGAAUGUAAGCAAUGGGACUGAAGGCCGAGAACAGGAAUCGAACCAUGGUGCAGAGGAUGCUGACAGCCAUCAAUGGGCAGAAUGCCCCUCUGAUACUCCAAAAAGGGCUGUGGUUGGUGAAGCUGCCUGGCCUCUGAGCAGCAAGGAGAAUGUUUCAGGUAGACCUAUGCCUCUGGGAGAUGAGUGCUGCUUGACACCUGCAAGGCUCAAAGCAGAAGAAAAAUCCUAUUGUGGAUUAUCAGAGAAACAGAGGAGAAAAAGUGUUGAUUUUGCAACUGUAACUACUGCUGAUUUUGGGAUUACUCCAGAAAGCUUUGUUAAUGGAUCUACAGCAAAGUCUCCAGCUGCACUGAAGCUGAGACGAAGAUCAGCCAUUGGAGCACGGGGGUCUCCGGAAAACAAUGCCCUCAUUCAAUACCUUGCCCAGCAGAAAAGCAAUAGGCAAAAAGAAGCUUCUACACAGGUCAGUCCUUGUCAGUUUGCCAGGUCACUGAAGAGCAAAAUGGAUAUCUUUCAAAGAACUUUUAAGUCAGAUCAAGACACUGAAGGGAAGACGGGCUUCUCUGGACUCUCAGAAGUACCUGCUGCUUUUCAGGAAGAUGGCUGUUAUUUCAGUCCCGACCAUAUCAGUAAAGAAGUCAGAAGUAAUGUCAUAUCAGACGAAAGCAGGAAAAAGGUUAAUUUUGCAGAAGAACUAAUUGUGGCAAUAUAUGAUGAAAGCAAGCCGCCUGUCACUCCACUGCAAAUGAGAAAUGCUUCGUUAAGUGAAUCCACACCGAGUGGCUCACAGCUGCGAUCUGUGUUGAAGAAAACACCAGUGAAGCAACUGAUGGACUGCAAGAAGGAAUAUUCAAACAAUACUGUUCACAGAGGAGGAAGUGAAUCUUUUACAGUCUCUGAUCACAUCUGUGAAGCACUGCAAACAGUAGAGAAAACUGAACAUUACAGCCCCAAAAGGGCGAAGAAGAAAAAAGUGACUUUUGGAGAUGAUCUCAGCCCAGAAAUAUUUGAUAAAACUUUGCCUGCAAAUACUCCACUGCGCAAAGGAUCAACACCGGUCUGCCGUUCAGGAUCAGAACGUGACAGCCCUUUCAUAAGGGCAGGGCUCACUGAAGAACCAUUAACUCAGCCAAACUUUGAUAGCAGUGAUGAAUGUAUUCAGCCUCCUCAGGAGCUGCAGGAGAGCUCUGUUUCAGAAAAGCUCUUACCUGUUGAAAAUACAAAAGAAGCAGAAACUGACAAAUCAGAUGUGAAAAUGACUUGCUCCUCUACUAAAAGGAAGUAUAGCACCAUUUCUGAGGGGACUGAUUGUAGCAUCUCAAGAACAACCAACACUAAGAAUGCUAAAGACAUUAAAAAUCCAAGGAAGAAUGAACUUCAAAGACCAAAGAGUGUGACUGUAUCUGCUGCCAAAAAGAAGCAAAAAACAAAACGUGCAACCUUUGGGAAAAGAAGAAAGAGAAAAGUGAAAAAAUCUUUAUAUGGGGAAAGAGAAAUGGCUUCGAAGAAACCUCUUCUGAGUCCUAUCCUUGAGAUUCCAGAAGUUUUCUCUUCUGCCUCAUCUCCAAAUUCACCAAAGGCAAUUGCAUAUUUUCCAGAUCAUUCCACACCCAGGGAUGUUCAUAACGAUGUUCAACAGGAGCAAGUGAUUGAAAAAAGGAUAGAGACAAACAUCCCUGUUGUUCAUGUGUAUCCAAGCUCUGAGAACCUGGAUAUUGUGGAAGAAGGCAGCCCCAGCAAUACAGUAUUUCAGUUUCCAAACGUUGUGCCAGACACAAACGAUGUUCUCAAUACAUAUGACUGUUUCCAGCAAGCUGAAGAGAUUGCAUGUUUAAAAGAGAAAACAGAAAGUGAUUUCUUGAUAGAACAUGAAAAAUUACAGGGAGAUUUCCCAAAGAAGGAAGAGUGGCUGACAGGGCUAGAAUAUCCUAACCAAAAGGACACUGAUGUACAUGAGAUUCUCCAAAGAACUGAGUGUCCACCUAAAAGGUCUUCAAGAAGUAGACCACCAAGAAGAAGUAGCAGUAUCGUGUAUAUUCCUCCUAUUGAAAAGUCUCAUUUUGAAACGACUGGAGACGAUCUUCAAGUUUCUUCUUUUGAUAUUGAAGAAGUUUUAUCGGCUCCUCAGCUAAAAAGUAACUCCUUAAAAAAGCCUUUGAGAAGAAAGUCAAGUAUGAGCAGUGAAACAAGUCAGGUGAGGCGCAGCAUGAGACUACAGAAAGAUGCUGAAAUUGAAGGACUUGCAUGGAUUGAAGUAACCAGUGAUAUUCUGCAGAACCCUUCUCUGCUAGCUCCUGCCUGUAGAACCAGGAGAAAAAUAAGCACAUCUGUCCUUACAGAAUCUGAGAAUAUUCACCACAGAGAAGAAAAUCUCAUCCAGUUUGCAGCAUCAGGGAAGGAGAACAAUGAAUCUGUUCAUGUUGCUGGUGGUCCUUGCAGAAGGAGGAGGAAAAGCUCUUGUGUAUCCACACCUCAAGAAACAAGAACUUGGUCUCAAACCAGGAAAAGGAGCAUAACCAAUUCUGUAUAUAGGAGAGACAGCAGUAACCAAGAAUACUCUGAAGAAAUGAACAUACCUCUUCAAAAUAAUAUUACCACGUAGUGAGGUUUCAGCUACCUCUCAUUUUCUUAAGUGAAGCCCCAGUGAAAUACCUGUGCCACCUUUCAGGAAAUAGAGCUUCCUGCUGAAAAUGAUCUCUUCUGUGACCUUGUUUUUACCAUUAUUGAGAUGGAAUAAAAUAUUUCAUGAACUUGGCUGCUUUUAUAAAGCUUAAAAGCAAACAGAACAGUAAAACAUGCAUAAAAAUGAAACUGUUCUCUACAGACAUCAUCAGCUUUUCCCGAGAAAAGAACUUCUAAGGCAACUUGAAAGAAACUUCACUAAUUAAAUGCUGUUCAUUUUGUACUGCUAUAGAAACAUUACUGAAGUUGUCAAAACAGUCUCCUUAUGUUUUAUUUCGGGUUUCAUGUUUGUGUCACAAUGCAAUUUUUAGGUUUGGAAUGGCAACAGUUACUCGGGUCGUUUUGCUAUGAUGGCAAUAUGUUGGCUUACCAGGAGAGGGCACUCUAACAUGAGUUUUGUGGUCAUAGCUGAAUUAUCUUGAAAAUGUAACGUAUAAAGUUUUUGAACAGAUGCUAUGUGACAUAAAAACUAAGUAAUAAUAGCUGCUACCAUCUAAUGUUCAGAAGAAUCAAAAUAACAACUAAACUAAGCACUGAAAUUAAUCAGCACUACAGAAGUGAAACACGCAUUAUAUUCAGGUAUGACGACAUGUGGAAAUCAUAUAGCACUUUAAAAUACAGCAUUGCUCUCUAGAUUUGCAGCAGAGAUAUUAAGGUCUACCUGUUAAAUCAUGCAGUAAGGCAAAGGCAAACCUUUUGAGGCUGUGGAUGUCAGAGAUUGAAGAUCUGCCUUAAACAGUCAGAUCAAGUCGAGAUAUCCUGGAGGGAAAGGCAGUAAAUUAGCAUGUAUGAUAUUAGAGGACUUAAUCUGCCUAGAACCUGCUUUUUGUGGUGCUGCUGUCCUAUGCAUCAUUCACAGCAGCAGUUGAAGAGUAUUCUCCCCUGAGGUUUCUUGGGUGGAUGCGUUAAGUGCACUUCAGAUGUGAAGUGUAAAUAAAAUCAGAAGUAGAAGAGCCAGGGCAAGGAGAAGAAAAACAAAGGUUGGAUUUACCUCCUGGCACAACGUGAUAAAUAAAGAGUUGAGUCCCAUGUACUCAAUGGCGGUUUGCCUGGCUUACAUGAAGGUGAGGUUAGAACCUGCAGAAAAUAAGCGGUUACAGUAACUGGGUUUAAUCUGGAGAGGACUUGAGGGGAGACAAGUCUUCAUUUAUGCAGAAGCUUGGUGGAGGUUAAUGGUUGGUUCUUUGUAACUCUACCAAAUGGUACAAUAAAUGUUUUUAAAUUAGGGGAAAAAAAAAUAAAUCUGGUUAAGCAGUAAGAGGAAGCUCCAGCACCAGAGAUAGUAGAUUGCCUUGGGAAGCUGUGGAAUCUCUAUCACUGGAGGCUUUUAGAACAGUUUAAACAAAUUUCUGUCUGAAAUGACAUACGAUACUUCCUUGGGGUAAGAAUGGGGCCUGGACAGGCUCUUGAGGUCCCUUCUGGCUGUGUUUGCUGAUUGCUAGAGAUUAGGGUUACAAAGUGAAUUGAGACUGGCUAGCAGUGAAGGUCUGAGCUAGAAUCUGUCAUGGAAUAGUAGGAGUAGGAGAUUUGCUAACACUGAGGGCUGCAUAGCAAGGGAAAUAAUGGGAGUUCAGGGAAGAGCCCUUCAAGUAAGGCUGACAAGAUGGUCCUAGUAUUUUAAACGUUCAGCUCUUGUGUGAUUUGCUCUUCUGAGGCAAAGCAUCUCUACAGACACCAGCAAUUGUGAAACCUACCAUUUGAUGGCUGUGCUGUUACACAGAAAUGUAAACUGCAGAGUGAACUGUGCUGUUCUGUGAGUUACCAUUUGCCUUUGAAGGACCAACAACUUCACAAUCCUUAUUCAGCGAACAGAAGUGCUUCCCAAGUUGGUCUCUUGUCUAUGUUGCUGACUAAGGGUAUAGCAAUUCAAUUUUAGGUAUGUUGUGUGCAGAUAUUGUAAGUGUGUAGUUCUAAUUUUCAGCUAUUGCAGCACUAUAAAGAAAUCUAUGGUGUUGGACAGCCUCUUUCAGCUCUCAAUUGUUCUUCCAAAGGGAGGCUCCUCUCUCUUAAGAAAGGGUUAUUACAAAAGACUAUUUUCUGUUUCAAAGUAUUCACCAACCUUACAUUUUGCAUUGCAUAGACAUGAAAUGGCUCAAGUAUGGUGACAGCCAGCACUGAGUGUACACUGCCAAGGAACCAUAUUUAGCAGAUUGCCACGAAACGAUCAUGGUCUGAUUAACAGAGAACAAGUGGUGAGUCCUAGAAAGGCUGGUUAUCUUGCCAGUCCAAUGUAAUUAUGAUGUAACUAAUAAGUAAGAGUUAUUAUAUUGCUUUUGUUUACUCCGUCCUGCGAAGCACAGUCUUCAUGUGUUUGUAGGUAGUCAGCUGACUAUGCAGAAGCUAGCAAAAAGUACACCAUAGUUGGGAUGGUCUUUUCUUAAAUUUGCAUUGUGUUAGUGAGUCAAGAAUGCAAAGAACAGUAAUACACAUGUUUUCAUAGAGUCAUUUGAGCUAAAAGGGAUGCUUAAAGGUCAUCGAGUCCAACUCCCCUGCAAUGCACAGGGACACCUGCAGCUCCAUCAGUGCUCAGAGCCCAUCCCCUGACCUUGGGUGUCUCCAGGGAUUGGGCACCCACCACUUCUGUGAGUAACCUGUGCCAGUGCCUCGCUACCCUUAUUUUAAAAAACUUCCUUAUAUCCAUUCUAAAUCUCCCCUCUUUUAUUUUGAAACCAUUUCCCCUUGCUGUGUCACUGCAGACCCUGCUAGAGUCCGUCCUCUUCUUUCUUACAGCCCCUUUGCUGCUAUCAGCUCUCUCCAGAGCCUUCUCUGCUCCAUGCAGCACAGCCCCACUCUCUCAGCCUGUCCUUGUAGGGAAGGUGUUUCAUCCUUUCUUCAGAAAACUUUGAAGUGAGUACAGUAAAUACAGUAGGGUCAAUGUAUUAUUCUUUUCCAGUCAUUAUUUGAUGCCAAUAUUUUGCCAUAUUUAAGAUACACAUCAGUGACAAAAGUGGAGAAUACUUUCAAGUUUUCUCAUGUGAUUUAACAGAAUUAAAACAACUUUCUCAAGUUGGUAGUUACUCUUAGCAGGGAAAGUAAACAAUCAGAACAACUUGUGCCAUUUUUCUGAUUUACUGAUAAGCUAUAUUUUAAAAUAAUUGUAAAUAAACCUUCAUGGCUUUGGUUUA